CGCUGUACAACUGUAUUAUCGUCUGUAUCGAUUCAACAAAAGCAUAUCAUCCUCGUUGGCCAGCCUAUCUCUCCCGCCGCUCGGAGCUUGAAUGGCAGAAAGGACCUCGGCGUAGACUUUUGAUAUCGGUCGCUCUAUCCUUCGGAUCACCGGAACCUUUGUUCGAUCGAGAGAACGCCUGGUCGAGCUUGAUCUUUCAUGAUGGAAGAGCCCAACGCUGGAAAGGCAGGGAUACCUAUCGUAGUCGGGAUCCUGGUCGGUCUCCUGGCUUCGUUCGUGCAAUCACUAGGGUUGACCAUACAGCGGAAGAGUCAUAUCCAAAAUGAUUCUUUGCCAUUAUCAAAGCAGAAGAAGACCUAUCGACGACCAUUGUGGCUCUUCGGGUUUGCGGUCUUCAUCACUUCAAAUCUCUUUGGUACUGUCUUCCAGAUCGGAGCACUUCCUAUAGUGGUACUCGCACCACUUGGAGCUGUCUCACUUCUAUGGAACGCGGUACUGUCACGAUUGCUAUUGAGAGAACGGUUUUCAGUACGGACACUAGCUGGAACCUGCCUCAUCGCGACUGGAGCCAGCUUGAUCGCGAUAUUCGGCGUAGUCCCUGAAGAGAAUCACACCCUCGACGAGCUCAUGACCCUGUUUCGAAGGAAGGGAUUCGUCGUGUAUAUCACUUUGAUGAGCUUAACUGUCGUCGCUGUGCUAGCCGUAAGUCACCUGGUAGAAUUUGGACUCCACCGUCGAGACAGGACGGGGACGAUUAGAUUGCCUCAAGAUUCCGAGGCCACCCCCGAUCCAUCGGAUUACGGCAGUAUUGACAAUCGACAGAAUUCGAUACCGUUCAAGACCGCAUCCGCACCUCGGCUGAUUGCAGUCGUGGACAAUGAGUCUUCUACGCCGAGCCCACCUUCAACUCCGGUCACCAGGAGCGCUUUGCGUAGACAACCUGUCGAAGGCGAGCCGGAUAAAGCAAUACGGCCUGCCAAGCGGGUGCAUUACAAGGACUUGAGUGUGACCGACGACGGGUCCGAUGGGGACGUCGAGCACACUGUCAUCGAUAGCGAGUCGAAAACCCUGUUGGGACUAUCCUUCGCGGCAUGCUCGGGCACGCUAUCGGGAAUGUCGCUGCUAUUUGCGAAAUGCGCGGUCGAGCUCCUCAUUUUGACUUUCGCCUCGAAGGGCAAGCAAAAUCAGUUCAAAUCCGUCCAGAGCUGGAUCCUCCUGGUCGGUUUGGGAAUCACGGCGCUCGCGCAGCUAUAUUACCUCAACUACUCGCUGAGAUUGGCGGGACCAGCGAUGAUCUGUCCGUUGGCAUUUUGCUUUUACAAUAUUUCCAGCAUCUUCGAUGGCCUGGUCUUUUACUCUCAAUUCUCCGAAUUGGCACCUCAUCAGAUAGCCCUCGUCACUAUCGGCAUUGCCGUCUUGCUGCUUGGCGUCUGGUCAGUCUCCGCUGUCAAGGCCGAUACCGGCGAGGGAGGAGUGCAACUUGGAUCUUGGGCAGACGAGGCAGAUCUGACGGACGAUGAGGAAGAUGCAUCGCCGGUCUGGAGCGAAGCCUUUACAGACGAGCCCGGUGGGGAUGGCUUGGACCAUCACAACUCGAGCGCACUUGCUACGCAAGAGGACGUAGCCCGUACCCCGCCUCUUUCUCCUCUUGUAUCGCCCAGACGCAGGCGUUCAUCGGGCUAUCAAGCUCGUUACGGGACGCUGAUACCGGAGCUCGCGCCUCCGGGAAUGCCAGCGGGCUUCUCCAUCGGGUUCAAUACGAGUUCCCCAGGAUUCGCUCUCAGGCGGCAUCAUCAUCAUCAUGAGCAUGCCAAUUCGGAUGGGGAAGCGCUUGGGAGGCAGGUUCGCAGCAGUAGCGAGCCAAGGACAGGAAAAAGGGCAUCAUCUCUGGACGGAGGCACCAGAUCGGCGGAAGCUCGACUUGCUUCUAGUCUGACACAGAGUACAGAUGGAUCAGGGCGGUCCUCGUUACCUUCGGGACUACUUUCAUCGUCGCCAGGAGAUGUGCCGAGUCCAAAGUCACGUAGUUGAGGCAGUCCAUCCAAUCAGAAUUAGUUGUAGAUCAAUUACCAGGUCCCUGCAGUACUAUACCACCAUAGGAUACUUGAUUC